ACUGGUUAUGGUCUACAUGUCAAAACAUAAAAACCUAAUGAAAGUAAAACCCCCAAAAUUUUAAUCCCUAGACGGCUAGACCCAAAACCGAAAGAAGCGAAAUCCAGAAACCGACAACGGUCAAAGAAGCGCGCUUUCCUUAUAAAAACACUGACGUCGUUUGUGCUUGUGAUUGUGUGCGUGGUCAAUACUGGUUAGUGACUGACUGACGACAUGGAGAAGAAACAUGCUGAAACGACAUCGUACGAAAGAGGUGCCGGUGGAAAGCUGCGCAAACCGCCGCGUAGACCACCGUCCACUCCCUACGCCCGUCCUCCACAGAACCAGACACAGCGCGGUGGCCGUUGGCUCUCCAGGCUUGUUGAUCCUGCUUUCCGUCUUAUAGCUGGCGGCGCCAACCUAAUCUUGCCUUCGUUUUUCUCCAAAUCGCAAUCCGUAUAUACCCUACCUGCUCCCACGGGUCAAGAAAACGAUCAUGGCGUAGGGGAGACAGAAACCUGGCACGCGGCAGUGGGACAAAAUGCUGCUGCUGGUGAAGACGAUGAUAAGAAUUUCACUUCGAAUCAUGUGGAACCAAGAGCAACUGAAGUAGCUGGUACUAGCAGCGUAUUGGAUAGAACAAUUAGACAUUCUGAGUUUAAUGGGCAUGAAGUUAACAAAAAAGUAGAUGUGGCUGAUCCCAAUGGGCUCUCUGAGAUUGAGAUACUGAUGAAGGAUAAAAGAUUUUCAAGGGAUGAAGUUAACCGUCUAAUAGAGCUAAUAAAGUCAAGGGCUGUUGAUCUUCCUGAUGUUGAGCAAGAAAACAAAAACUUAAGCACAAGUGGUGGAGAUCUUAGAGAGCCUGCUGUUGCCCUUGAAUAUUCAGGGAAAGCAACUGGUGCAAGGCAAGAAGAAUUGAAUAGAGCUAUUUGGGAAACCUCACAAACUGGAGACAGAAAACAUUCAAGUGCUAUUUUAACAGAUGCUGAAAGGCCUGCAAAUACCCUUGAAAAUUCAAUAAAGUCCAAAGGAGAAAAACUUGAAGAUCUGGAUAGAAUUAUUUGGAAAACCUCAACUCCUCUUCUCCAGUCAAAAGUACAAGAUGAUGUUGGCACUUCCCCUCUUGAAAUUGCAAGAGCAUAUAUGGAAAAUCGAAUAUCAGACAUAGGCUUUGGUAGUGACAGCUUAAUAGCAAAAGAUGAAGGAACAUUACCAUGUAGAGAUGAUCUUGCACUUAAACCCUUUGUUCCAUCACCUGCCCCUAAGUCAUCUCCAUGCUGGCCUGGUGCCUUGGUACAGGAUCAGCGUGGUUAUAUGACCCCACAAAGUCAAAGAGGAAGAUUUGGGCUUCACAAUUUUCCCCGAACUCCUUAUUCUAGAACUAUUUAUUCAAAGACUAAGUCCAAGUUGAUUCAGUUACAGAGCAAUACUGAUAGGCAACAAAACACAAUAGCAACUCCUUUUCAACAGACUCAAACUCCAGCAUUUGGACAGGUAAAUGCAAGGGGCAAUACCUUAUACGAUGGUCAUGGAUCUGCAGGACCCAUUCGUAGAAUACGGCAUAAAGUUAAUGCACAGACUCCUAGAGGAUUUGCAUAUUCUCAUACAUCUUUAAACAAUCCUCAGGUGGAGAACUUCAUCAUUUCAGAUGGCUUAUUUUCUACUUCAAAAAGAAAUUUGGAAAAUGGUGGAACAAAUAGCUCUGCAAAAUUUCAGUCAGUGGGUGGUAAACAGCAAAGCUCUGAAGUCAUUACCCCAGCUGUCCCUGCACACUCUAGUCUGGUGGCUCGUAAAAUAUUAGAGCACCUUGAGAGAAAUCCACCUACUCCUAAGGACAAAUCUGCUGAGUUGAGGUUAGCCACUUCAUGGAAGAAACCUCAGCCCUCUGAUCAUACUCCUACCAUGCCCAACAAACUUAAUAGCCUAACCCAUUUGAGAAGUGCUGAUUCUUCUGAGAAAUCUGUUCAAGUUAAUAGAAAUAAGCCUCUGCUCUCCCCUGAUGAUGUUAAUGUUGUUUUAAAUAACAAUAAUUCAGCUUCAAACAUAAAUGUUGGUACAGCUCCAACACAUAUUGGCUAUGCAGAACCUUCACAAGAUUUCAAGAAGUCCCAGGAUUCUCAAUUCAUGAAUUCGUACAAGGAUGUUUCGGAUUCAAAGGCCAUUCCCAAUGCUGCUGAUGGCUCCAGUGUAUUCAAUUUACAAAAGAAGCUUCCACCUCAAACUUCUGGUACAAAGCCAGUGUUGCCUUCUAUUUCUAUUAAUAAGCCUAACCAAAGAUGGACAGUUACUUCUGAUAAUAGCUUGGGAUUUACAUUCCCAGUUUCUGCAUCUGCUGGUGUGUCAUCUGAACCACCGACGCCAUCCAUCCUGCCAUCAUCAUCAUCCAUUGGUCUCAAUCAACAGAACGAGGAAUCAUCAAUCCCUUCGUACAGUUUUGGCUUGAAGAGGUCUACCCCUGGUCUUGUAUUUUCAUUCCCUUCAUCAAGCACUGCCCCUAUAAAUGAUGAUACAUCAGACCUGAAGUUCAAUUUUGGAUCGGAUGAGACAAAGAGGUUAUCUUUCAGUUCAAUAGGUCAAGAUGCUAUCUGCUAUUAAGUGAAAGGAUGACAUUUCAAGGAUAUUCAUAUUCUUUUUCCUGUUCUUAACUUUGUACUAUAACAAUUAGAACACGGGGGUUUCUUUUUUUAGUUUGUAAGUUGUAUAUGUUACGCCCUCUGCAUUAUUGUUCCUUUGAGAGUACGCAGACAGGGAACAAAGGAAAGGGUAGUGUGAAGCAAAGCUUAGGACUCGUAAAGAAUGGAUGAAGAUCAUUUCAAAUCCUAGAAGUACUUUUUCUAUUCUUUUUCAAGUAUGUCUUUAUUCUUUCA